UACCGAAACAGCAAAGCAAGGCGUGUGAGAAAUGGUUGUGAAACCUGUCGUACGGAUUAUUUUGGUUUCAAAUAAAAUAUGUGUAAAUUGUUUUAAAGUAUCCAAUUUUAUUUAUUUUAUUUUUUUUAGAUGUGCUUGGGGUGGGAAAGAUAUAUUCGUGGCGAUUCGGCUCCGGGAAAUAUUUCAUGAUAAAUUAAGCCCUGAACUGGCAUGUUAUACUGUUUAUUGACACAUGAUAGCCUGACUAGAAAGUAUACCCUUUCGUUGUUUUCAAGAAACUGGUGUAAAGGCAAUAUGAGUGAUAAUAAAGUAUCUUCGAAGAACUCGUGUGAGACAGCCCCUGCACCAGGAGCAGCAUCGGAAAGCAAUGAAGCUGAAACGACCAAAGCAGCUGCGGAAAUUUCAGCAGGCUUCAACUCGCACAUCUCACGGUUUAGCACCACCGGUGCGUCUAGUCUGUCUGACUGUUGUCAUGGAGGAGCCAAGAUGUCGGUUCUGGCGUUUAGCCGAGGCAAACGAGAGAUAAACCAGUAUUUCAGCAUACAAAAUGCCAAAUUGCUCGCUUUAGUUGCCGUCCUUCUGCUCAUCAUAUUUCACUCUGUCUCCCGGAAUUAUGGAGGUGGAGACACCUGUGAGUGGCUUCUCUCCAGUGGUAGAUUGCUGGGAGAGAAUGCAUGGCAACCUUAUGGGUGUAUGAUGCACAGAUAUAAAAGCGAUGAAGCGAAGAGAUGCCUUGCUGAGAAGCACAUAGCAUUUAUAGGAGAUUCCAGAAUUCGACAGCUUUUCUAUUCCUAUGUUAAUAUAAUAAACGUUGACAUUAAAGAAGAAGGAGUGAAGCAUGAAAACAUUCCUUUUGAAGACAGAAGUGCAUCUCUGAAAGUGGACUUCCUGUGGUAUACAGAAGUUAACAAUUUUAUGAAGGAGCCUUUAACAGCUUGGACAUUGGAGGGUACCUCUCUAAAACCAGAUAUAAUUGUUUUGGGAGCAGCUACUUGGUCCAUUAAGUUACACAAUGGCAACACCGAAGCCCUCAAUCAAUAUAAAACCAACCUCACAUCAGUUGCAAGGCUUUUGGAGAAGCUGGCAGAACAUAUUGAAGUUAUAUGGGUCCUGCAAGAUCCAGUGCUUGAAGACCAUCUUAGUGAGGACAGAAAAAUGAUCACUAAUCAGCAAAUAGACUUGUACAAUGAAGCGGCUCUAAGCAUACUCGACAGCAUAAACAGCGUUUCUAAAGCCAAGGUUCAGAUCCUGCGUGCUUCCAGGUUGGCAGCUGAACAGACCAUCAGUAAAUCCCUGGAUGGUUUGCAUCUCCCCAGAAGUACAAGAGAUAUUAGUGCAAUGGUUUUAAUGAAUUACUUCUGCAACAAGAUCUUAAAACCUAUUGAUGGCUCCUGCUGCCUUCCUCGGCCUCCACCUACUCUUAUCCAGAAGUUGACUGCUUGCUUUUUCCUUUUGUCUAUAAGCGGCUACCUCAUGGUGAAUUUUAUUUGCCGCAGCAACCAUUGGGAAAACAAACCUGCCACAGAUAUAGAAAGCGGUGAGGAGAGGAAGCCUUCCAUAACCAUUUCCUCUGUUGCUGGCCUGAAAGUCCCAUUUCAGUCACUUUGUAAAUUAGGCCUCAUCAUGGCCUACUUUUAUUUUUGUGACAGAGCUGACAUAUUCAUGAAGGAGCAGAAAUUCUACACCCACUCAUCCUUCUUUAUACCACUAAUCUUCAUACUGGUGUUGGGAUUUUUUUACAAUGAAAACAGUAAGGAGGCAAAGUUAUUAAACAGGGAGCAAACAGAUGAAUGGAAAGGUUGGAUGCAGCUUGUAAUCCUGAUAUAUCACAUAUCUGGUGCAAGUGCUUUCCUACCUGUGUACAUGCAUGUACGAGUCCUUGUUGCAGCAUAUCUGUUUCAAACAGGCUAUGGGCACUUUUCCUUCUUUUGGCUGAAGGGAGACUUUGGACUUUACAGAGUCUGCCAGGUACUUUUCCGACUAAACUUCCUUGUGGUUGUACUAUGCCUGGUAAUGGAUCGAUCCUAUCAGUUUUACUAUUUUGUUCCAUUAGUAACUUUCUGGUUUGCGGUCAUCUAUGGAACAAUGGCUAUGUGGCCUCAGAUUCUCCAGAAAAAAGCAAUCAGCAAUGGCUUAUGGAAUCUGGGGUUGCUGCUGAAACUUUUUGCCUUGCUUUCCUGCAUAUGUCUUUUAAGAUAUUCACAGGGUGCUUUUGAGAAUAUAUUUUCCUGUUGGCCAAUAUCCAAGCUUUUUGAACUGCAAGGAAGCAUCCAUGAAUGGUGGUUUAGAUGGAAGCUGGACCGUUUUGCUGUCUUUCAUGGAAUGCUCUUUGCAUUUCUGUAUUUGGUAUUACAAAAAUGUCAGCUGUUUUCAGAAGGCAAAGGAGAACCUCCUUUCUCAUAUGGGAUCUCAAACUUUUUACUAUUCAUAUCGGUAUUUUCCUUUCUGACCUAUUCCAUAUGGGCAAGUAGUUGUAAAAGUAAGACAGAGUGCAAUACAUUGCAUCCUUAUGUAUCAGUGGUACAGAUUUUAGCAUUUAUUUUAAUUAGGAACAUUCCUGGUUAUGCACGUUCGGUAUACAGCUCGUUCUUUGCGUGGUUUGGCAAGAUAUCUUUAGAGCUCUUCAUUUGCCAGUACCACAUAUGGCUAGCUGCAGAUACAAAGGGGAUCUUGGUGCUAAUCCCAGGCAGUCCAAUGCUGAACAUCAUCAUAAGCACAUUUAUCUUUGUUUGCGUGGCCCAUGAGAUCUCCCAAAUUACCAACGAAUUGGCACAGAUCGCCAUUCCUAAAGAUGUCUCAGCGCUGCUGAAAAGAUUACUCUGUGGGGCUGGAUUUCUUCUUGUUGUUCUUCUGCUGUCUACUCGGGAAGACUCCAAACUUUAACUUUGCCUACAGACAGGACAAUGUUGUCUGUAGUAUAGGGAGCAACAACUUCUACUGCAAGAGAGGCAUAUGUUGCACAGGAAGAUUCUUUAUUAAUUUGGGGGUAAAACUUGUGUAUAAAACUGACCAGCAAUGGGUGUUAAUUAUUGAUAGUUUGUUUUGAUGGGUGGUGGAACACUGAAGAAAAAACUUUGACUUACCAGUUUAAUAUUGGUUUACAAAAAAAUACCUAUAAUAUAUGUGGAUAUGUUUUAAUGUGGACAUUAGUGUUGUAUAUGGUACAACAAAAGGUAUGUUUAUUUCUGGCUUUGGGACUUCUUUCCAGAACAAAGUAAAAGGCAUUUGGUUGGUUAUUUGCUAUUUAUUAUAAGUAAUUCUUGUGUGAUGAAACUGCUGGUCAAUUAUGAGUUUUAAUUUUUCUAAAAUUAUUUUACCAUUUAGAGGGCAGAUCACUUUCAGAAAAAAAAAAAAAUACUGUACAGUAAAAGGGUGUUGAUUUGUAACCUUGUGAGACUACAUUCAUGAAUAGUAGUAAACAAUAUUUAACAAGUGCUUCUCUAGUGUUAAUUGUUUAUUUGGAAAUUAUGAAUUAUUAUUUACAUAAUUGUUACUUGUACUUUUCAAAGAAUUGUAAUAAAAUAAAAACAGUUGCAGAUUUGUUCUUGCUGACAUGGUAAUACCUAUGCAGAAAUUUAAAAGCCAGUGACAGCAAGUUUAAUGAGCCAAUAUCAAGCAUGUGGAGAUUAGCUGUGGUUCUUCUGCACUGAUUCAUACCUAUAGGUAAAAGCGGUAAUCCCAAUUCUCUGAAGACAUUACUGUAAGCCUCAUUUAAUUACACUAAUGCAUUUUAAUAUUGAACAAUGUGAACUCAAGAUAUUUCCCUCAACUCGGGGUCAACUGUAACCCCACUAUCAAAUUGAUUAAAGCUUUUAUACAAACUAAUAUGCUUUUAUGUUGUAAUGGAACCAAGACCUAUUUAUAUGUAGUUAUUGUUUACUUAUUUACAGGCACUUGUCAUCUGACUAAUGGGGCGUGGUUUGUGUAUUUGGUUUACUCUUUGUUGAAAAUAAUUUCUUAUUUAAAACAAGUUUAUUGUUUUACGAACCUUGGGUGUUUUAUAUAUUUAAAGUCAUAAAUGGAGAGAUGUUCUUGGUAAAUGUUUUGGGGAUUUCCUGUAAUGUGAAAUUUGACCAUUUUUAUUUAUAAAAGCCUUUCUUCUAUUUUACACUCUUGUUAAUGAUUAAGAUUUCAUAUAACAGA